UGAUAGAGUUAAAAAAAAKAAAACAUUUUCAAAUUUUUAAUGCUGACUGAACAAACAGCAUUUUAUUGAUAUUCACUGUGUUUUUGUCUUGUUCCCUGUGCUCAGAUUUGACAAUUCAUCUCUGUGGACUGUCCACGUUGGGCUGACAGAGCAGCUGAUCCAUGAAGCCCUGUCWCUGAAUGUAAAGUCCAUCAUUUACCAUGCUCAAUACCGACCCAAAGGCCUGGACCAUGACAUUGCAUUAAUGAAACUGGAGAAGACACUGGUUUUUAAUGGCCUUGUGCAGCCCAUUUGCCUGCCCAACCAUGGAGAAGACUUUGCUGAGGGGACCAUGUGCUGGAUCUCUGGCUGGGGAGCAACAGAGGAAGAUGGAGAGACCAGUAUUGUUUUACGCUCAGCUAUGGUUCCGCUCAUUUCCACCAAAACCUGCAAUCAACCAGAGGUUUACAAGGGACACAUCACUUCCUGGAUGAUCUGUGCAGGAUAUCUAAAGGGAGGAAUUGAUUCUUGUCAGGGGGAUAGUGGAGGGCCUCUUGCCUUUAAACAAUCUUCUGCGUGGAAGCUCAUUGGGGUAACAAGCUGGGGCAUUGGGUGCGCUGAGAGGAACAAGCCUGGAGUUUACACUUGCAUCACACAAGCACUAAGCUGGAUUCACCUUCAGAUGGAGAGAGAUGAGGCUCACUAUUUAUAGACUCAGAGGCAGACUGGGAUAAUCAUCCAGGAUUUGAUAUCACCCCAGGCCGCCACCACCAGAUUAAUGCAAACCACCAAAACUUUGUUAAACUGAGUGCACUUUGAAUGCAUGUCAUCUGCACGUCAUCAACUGAAUGCCUACAAAUUUUCUGCUGUGGUGCAAUAAUACUUUAAAAAAAGUUUUACUAGCAUUUUUUUUUUUUUGCUUCUCUUUUUUGCUCUUGGCAAAGGCGGACACUUUUUCCCUCUCUCCUCAGCCUCCCCUUAUCUACCCUGCUUUGCUGCUUUUUGGAGCCUCCUUUACAUCUCAUCCAAAACUACCAAUUAUGGAUCUGGUCUCAACACUAUUAAUCAAAUUUUUUCUACGUUGAAACUGGGCAAAGGAGAGUCUACUUGUCCUGAUGAAACAUAUGCAGCAGAGCUCAUUCUGGACUCCUGGGGUGAGCGGAGGAUAAUGUGCCUGGCUCCAUUGUCGAUUGAGGAAGUCAAAAACGUUUGGAUAAUUGGAUUAAUGAUAGCAGGAUUUCUGUUGAUUYGUGGAUAUCUGUCAUAUCAUGAAAUUUGCAAACUUCUGGCAGUUAUUUGGGCCCUGUGGAGACUGCUGGCCUCACGUGAUGGGAUUUGCUAGGCUGUCAACACUCAGACUCAAACACUGGUGGAGGUGAACCGCAAUCUGGAUGAGAUCCUCACUGGGGCUCAUAGGCCACAUGUAGCUUCUGAGCCCACUGGUGGAAAUGUAUAGAUCUUGGAGAAGUUGUGCUCAGUGUAACACAAGAUAUGACCAACAAAAUUCAGCUGUCUGGAAUUUUCGCCAUUGAGAGUUUCUGGUAAGAAAUUAAGGUGACAAGCAAAUCUUCUGUGUCAGCCUGUUCCCAAAACAACUGUGAUUCUGAUUCAGCAUUUCCCCCUCUAUGUGGCCUUGAAGGCUAGGUGUUUGAAACUCUCCUUGGAUGUUAUGUGAACUGAAUGCUCUGCCCCCACCAUCCCUCCUCUCACUUCUGUCUGUGAACUGUCUGGAAGCAAGCCAAAGACCGCACAGAUGGACAUAACAUCAUUCUGAAAUUUGUUAUUUUAAACCCCUGGCUGGUAACAUAGUCUGUUGCAUAAAUAAUCAACAAAAGCAUAUCUACGUAAGAGACCAAGUCAAUAUCUAUCAUUUAACACCAGAUUUAUGACAUUUUAUUCUGACAUGGUGAAUCUACAUGUAAGUUUGACAUCCUGGAAAUUCUAAACUGUGCACACAAUGAGUAGGGGUGUGGUCAAAAACUGGUCCCUGUGGAGUAGUACCCACCAACUUUUAAUUUGUUAACAGACAUUUUUUUGAAUAAGUGGAUCCUAAGGUGCAUGAAAAGGCUAAGUAAGUUGAAUAUUUAGGAUCUGUGUGGUAAACUCAGAUAAAAAUAAGAAAACAUUCAUCUUCUGUUGGGGUUGUGACCAUUUGACCCCCCUGAUGACAUCAUCAAGCACAUAUUUGUUUAAUGAAACGGCAUGUAAAUCGAAGAACUAAUCAAUAUGAAUCUGCUGAUACCUUGUUUGUAAAAUUUGGUUGGUUUAUAGCAAAGUUAUUGGCAUUUAAGUUUUAUGUCCCCCUAAUUUUGAUGGUCACAAUAGAAAAAAGAUGUGGUCAAAUAGGGGUCCCUGGGGGCAGUGAGACCCAAAUGUGUUUUUCUGUUUACAUGCAUUUUCUAAAAGAGUGGACCCUGGGGUACAUGAAAACACCAGAUAAGUUCAGUUAUGGGGGAGGGGGAGCACGGUCACCCAGCAUAGCCCAUGGAGUAUCACUACCUUUGCUGGCAAUCUCCCUCUGUUCUUUCUCCUACCCCUGUAGCCUCCCCUCCCCUUAUGCCCCACCCCAUAUCUCUUGCUCUGUGUAGGGGUUUUAUUUUUGUACUU